AUGCCACCUGCCAGCAGGUAUGGAACAACAACUGGAACCACUCCAGAAACAACAGGAACAACAACUGGAACCACAACAGGAACAACAACAGGUACCACAACAGGAACAACAACUGGAACCACAUCCGGAACCACAACAGGCACUUCAAUAGGAACAACAACUGGAACCACUCAAGAAACAACAGGAACAACAACUGGAACCACUUCAAAAACAACUACAGGUACAACAACUGGAACCACUGCAGAAACAACAACAGGUACCACAAUAGGAACAACAACUGGAACCACUCCAGGAACAACAACAGGCACUACAGCAGGAACAACAACUGGAAUCACUCCAGGAACAACAACAGGCACUACAACAGGCACUACAGCAGGAACAACAACUGGAACUACUCCAGGAACAACAACAGGCACUACAAUAGGAACAACGACUGGAACCACUCCAGGAACAACAACAGGCACUACAACAGGUACAACUGGAACCACAACAGGCACUACAACAGGAACAACUACAGGAACCACUCCAAAAACAACAACAGGCACCACAACAGGAACAACAGCUGGAACCACUCCAGGAACAACAACAGGUACAACAACUGGAACCACUCCAGGAUCAACAACAGGCACUACAACAGGAACAACAACUGGAACCCCUCCAGAAACAACCACAGGUACUACAACAGGAACAACAACUGUAACAACUCUAGAAACAACUCCAGGCACCACAAAAGGUACAACACAGGAAACAUUAUCUGACACCAUUCUAGAAUGUGGAUGAUAUAUGAAUUGCAGCACACAAAGUUAGGUCGAGGUUGUGGGGAAAAGACCAACUAUUUAAAUGCUUGGUUUUUCUUUUAGUGUACAAGUGUCAGAGAGACCCUAACACUCAUGCUGAUGCAUUGAAAGUAAUAUUGCAACAAAUACCUUGAUCAAGCAUCUAUUGAUAUGUUUUUCUAGUCAACAGGUCUAUUCAAUUUGUGCCUGCUUUGUCAGACAUAUUUAGAUACUACAAUCUUGCUUUGGAAUUUACUUAUCCUAAUGAAAGGCAUAUUGUAUAAACUUGCCUAUGAGGUUAAAAGGAAUUUGUUUAUUGCAGAAAUGAUAAUUUCUAGUUUGGUAGUGAAUGUUGAUGCACUAAUUGAUAGUUUUGAUUAUAUGUGUUGAUGUAGGAAAUGGUUA